UCGUCGGUUGUAAACACUGGGCUGUGACCUAGUGCUUUCGCUGUUUUAACUUACCGAUUUGUCGUGUUACAGAUAUUGCCGCCAGAGUCUGCGGAGAGACGACAGCCUAAAGAUGCACAUCAAGUCUAUCAUCAUCGAGGGAUUCAAAUCCUACGCGCAGAGGACGGAGAUCAACGGCUUUGACCCGCUGUUCAACGCCAUCACUGGACUGAACGGCAGCGGCAAGUCCAAUAUUUUGGACUCGAUAUGUUUCCUUUUGGGCAUUUCCAACCUCACCCAUGUACGAGCCUCCAAUCUCCAGGAUUUGGUUUACAAGAAUGGUCAGGGUGGUAUCACCAAGGCCACGGUGUCUAUUACGUUUGACAAUUCCAACAAAAGCCAGAGUCCUCUGGGCUUUGAAACCCACGAAGAGAUCACAGUUACCAGACAGGUGGUAAUUGGUGGCAGGAACAAGUACCUCAUCAAUGGAGUCAAUGCCAACAACACCAGGGUGCAGGACUUAUUCUGCUCUGUUGGCCUCAACGUCAACAACCCACAUUUCCUCAUCAUGCAGGGAAGGAUCACCAAGGUUCUGAAUAUGAAGCCACCAGAGAUCCUUGCCAUGAUCGAGGAGGCAGCGGGCACCAGGAUGUAUGAAUGUAAAAAGAUUAGUGCUCAGAAGACCAUUGAGAAGAAGGAGGCCAAGCUGAAGGAGAUUCAGACUAUUUUGGAUGAGGAAAUUACUCCAACUAUGCAGAAACUGCAAGAGGAGCGAUCGUCAUACCUGGAGUACCAGAAGCUGAUGCGUGAGAUCCAGCACUUGUCGCGGCUGUAUGUGGCCUGGCUGUUUGUGUGUGCAGAGGAGACCAAGGUGAAGUCAGCAGAUAAUCUUAAGGUGAUGCAAGACAACAUUACCAAGAUGCAAGCCACCAUGGCUGAAAACGAGAGCAAAGUCCAAGAGCUCUCAGCCCAAAUUCAGGAGCUACAGAAGAAAAAAGACCAGGAGGUGAAUGGAGUCUUGAAAUCACUGGAGGAGGCUCUAGCUGAUGUACAACGUGUGGAUGCCAAAGCUCAGAGUGCACUUGACUUAAAAAAACAGAAUCUUAAAGAUGAAACCAAGAAGAGGAAGGAGCUUGAAAAGAAUAUGGAAGAGGACAAGAAAGUGCUUGUGGUGAAGGAAAAAGAGGUUUCUAAGUUGACUGAGCAGCUUCAAGCUGUACAGGAGGAGGGACAGAAGGACAGCAUUGCCCUUGAAGCAGCUGAGCAGCAUUUCAAAGCUGUUUCUGCAGGUCUUUCUACCAAUGAAGACGGAGAGGAGGCCACGCUUGCCGGGCAGAUGAUGACCUGCAAGAAUGACAUGAGCAAGGCAGACACCGAGGCCAAGCAGGCCCUGAUGACCCUGAAGCAUGCUCAAGCAGAGCUGAAGACCAAACAGGCAGAAGUGAAAAAGAUGGACAGUGGCUACAAGAAGGACCAGGACAACCUGCAGGCUGUCAGAAGCAGCAGGGAGAAACUUGAAGCUGAGAUAGCCAAACUCAACUAUGAAGAUGGGAAGGAAGAAAGUCUGCAAGAAAAAAGAAGACAGCUGUCCAGAGAGGUCUCUAAACUUAAAGAGACCUACGAGCAUCUCGUGUCACGCUUUCCUAACCUGCGCUUUGACUACAGGGACCCAGAGCGAGGAUUUGACCGUAGCAAAGUGAAAGGGCUCCUAGCUAACCUGAUUACAGUCCAGGAUGUCUCCUACGCAACAGCGCUGGAGGUUGUCGCAGGAGGGCGGCUCUAUAACAUUGUCGUUGACACAGAGGUGACUGGUAAAAAGCUGCUGGAGAAGGGAGAACUGCAGCGAAGGUACACCAUCAUUCCCCUGAACAAGAUUUCUGCCAAAACACUUAAUGACAAAGUCGUCAGCACUGCCAAGAGCCUGGUUGGAGAGGACAAUGUUCACACAGCUCUGUCCCUGGUUGGCUAUGAAUCUGACCUGCGUAAGGCCAUGGAGUACGUGUUUGGCUCCACACUGGUGUGUGACACCUUGGACAAUGCCAAACAAGUGGCUUUUAAUAAGCAGGUGAUGACCAAGACUGUCACUCUUGGCGGGGACAUCUUCGACCCACAGGGAACUCUGAGUGGAGGUGCUCGCUGCCAGUCAGCAUCAGUUCUGUCAAGCCUGCAAGAGGUAAAGGAAGUUCAGGACAAUUUGAACAGCAAGGGUUCCCAGCUCCAGGAAACUGAACGACAACUGGCCAGCCUGAAGGGAACUGCUGAGAAGUACCGACAGCUGAAGCAGCAGCAUGAGCUGAAGGUGGAGGAGGAACAGAUUCUGCAGGCCAAGGUACAGCAGAGCUCCUUCCACCAGCAGCAAGAGGAGCUGGAGAGGCUGCGCAAGGCAAUUGAGGAGAGUGAGGAGACUUUGCGUGUCACCAAGGAUGUGCAGAAACGGGCUGAAGAGAAAUACAAGGUGCUGGAGAACAAGAUGAAGAAUGCUGAGGCAGAGAGGGAGAAGGAACUGAAAGCUGCUCAGCAGAAACUCAACACAGCCAAAGCCAAAGCGGAUGCCUUCAACAAGAAGUUAAAGCAGAAGCAGCAGGAGUCUGAUGCCGUGGCCCUGGAGUUGGAGGAGCUGCAAAGGGAGCAGGCUGGUUAUGAGCAGCAGAUUCAGGCUGUGGACGAGGCAGUGAAGGCCAUCCAGGAGCAGAUAGACAGCAUGGCCUGCACUGUGUCCCAGAACAAGGAGGCAGUGCGUAAAGCUCAGGAGGAGCUGGCUAAACAAAAAGAAGUAAUCAUGGCACAAGACAAAGAGCUCAAGGGCAAAAGCACAGAGGCCAGUAAGAUAAGAGAGAAGAACAACGAAGUUCAGCUGAAGAUCAAGGAGCUGGAACACAACAUAAGUAAACACCGCAAAGACAGUCAGGAUGCUGCUGACAAGGUGUCUCGGAUGCUGGAGGAACACGACUGGAUCCAUUCGGAGCGUCAGUUCUUCGGCAUGCCAAACACGUCUUAUGACUUCAAGACCAACAAUCCCCGUGAGGCAGGCCAGAGGCUGAAGAAGCUGGAGGAGACCACCACCAAGCUGGAGAGGAACGUAAACAAGAGAGCCAUGAACAUGCUGAACGAGACGGAAGAAAGGUACAAUGACCUGAUGAAGAAGAAGAGGAUUGUGGAGAACGACAAAGCAAAAAUCUUGCAGACCAUUGAGGAGCUGGACCAGAAGAAGAAUGAGGCUCUCAACGUAGCAUGGCAGAAGGUAAACAAGGACUUUGGCUCCAUCUUCUCCACUCUGCUGCCAGGGGCCACAGCAAAGCUGGCGCCUCCUCAGGGCUGCGGGGUCCUGGAGGGCCUUGAGUUCAAGGUGGCCUUGGGCAACACCUGGAAGGAGAACCUCACUGAGCUCAGUGGUGGACAAAGGUCACUGGUGGCCUUGUCUCUCAUUCUGGCCAUGCUGCUUUUCAAGCCUGCUCCCAUCUACAUCUUAGAUGAGGUGGAUGCUGCUCUGGAUCUGUCUCACACACAAAAUAUCGGACAGAUGCUACGAACACAUUUUAGACACUCCCAGUUUGUGGUUGUGUCCCUGAAGGACGGCAUGUUCACCAACGCCAACGUCCUAUUCAAGACGAAGUUCGUCGACGGCAUGUCCACAGUGACGCGGACCGCGCUCAGCCAGAGUGACGCCAACCUCCCUCAGAAAGGUCAAGAUAAAGCUCGUCAGAAGGACAAGAGGAGCAAGCAAAUCACGAGCUAGUCAUUACGCUCAAAGUGCUGAUCGGGACAAAUCGCAUUUUAGAUUCCCUCUGGUAGUAUGUCUUCUUGAAACCACGUCACCUAACAUAACAAAAAUGUGGUAUCUGCUAAUAACUCAUUAAUUGUGGAUACUUGUGUUUCCUUUGUGGGUCGUAUUUGCUCACUGUUGUGCUGUUUUUGCACCCAUUCAGAGUUAAUUUGUUUCAUUGUUAUUUCAUCCUUUAUCUCAUGUGUCCUUUUUGUUCAGCUGUUUGAAAGUGGGAUCUGUUCACCUCUUUGUAUUUUCAACCUUAACUGUACAUUUCCUUUUCUAAACUGUCCUUGUUUUCCUGUCUCUUUUGUGGACUAAGUUCAUGUUUCUCUGCUUCAAGUCAACAGUUUUGUAUGCAGCUAAUGCUUUUCUAUAUUUUCCUAAAUAAAGCAGGGUAAAUAUUAGUG